AUGGCUACCAAAUUUGACGCUGAGAAGGCCGAAAACCUCGAGGACAUUGAAAAACAGUUUGCUGUGAAAGCAGUCCAACAGGCUGAGGCUUACUGGAACUUGAUAUCCAAAGUGAAGGCCUCCUCAUUGAGAUUGACCAACUACGACAAUGAGAUCUACGAAGCUUUAAUCGAGGACUUCCCUGAAUUCAAGGAAAAAGAUGCCGCUUUUGAGAUCAGCGAGGACAAGAUGAAGAGCAAAGAAGGCAAGGCCAAGUGGAGAGCGUUUUGUGAAAAGUUCAAGGAGAUUGACGACUACAAUUUCGGUACACUUUUGAGAGUAAAGGCCGAUGACGAGUACUCGCAAGAAAACUCGAUCUUCGUUGUCAGAAUCCAGUUCUACGCCAUUGAAAUCGCUAGAAACAGAUACGGGUUGAACGACUGGGCCUCCGGCAACUAA